UUUGCUUAUUGUUGUCAGGCGUAAAUGAAAUCUAAACGUUAGAGACCGCGGUUGUGUUUAUGAGAUCAGAAGAGGAGAAAUAAACCGUCGUACAAGGAGAGGCAGAAUAAUGCAGCAAAGUCACUUUCAGGAUAUGGAGGAUAUUCCUGGUCUGAACUCAGAGGGUUUGUGGUGUAAUAUAAAGAUGUGUGAAGUGAAACUGGUGGACAUCAGAAAAACACAGGGACUAAAUUCAAAAAUAAUAUUAGGAGAAAAUCUUCCUCCUGGAGACAAGUCCAGCAGGUCUGAUGGAGACCAGCAAACGCUGCACGCUCAAUUAAAGAUAGGUUUGGUGAAAAAGAUGGAUUGUGGAAAAAUACAAAGCAGCAACGCAACAGCUGAGGGUGAACCAGAGGACAGGGUUUAUGAUGAUCCAGGUAAAUCCAGGAGGUUUGAUGGAGACCAGCAAACACUGCUCAGUGAAUUAAAGAUGAGUUCAGUGAGACUGGUGGAUUGUAGAAAAAUGCAAAACAGAAAAGCAACAGCUGACGCUGAACCAGAUCAUGAAUCCAAGAACACUGAUUUUGCUCCUUCCAGGAAAACCAUCAGGUUUGAUGGAGACCAAAAAACACUGGAGGCUCAGUUAAAGGUGUGUUUGGUGAGACUGGUGGAUUGUGUAAAAAUACAAAGCAGGAAAGGAACAGCAGAAGGUGAACCAGAAGAUGGGGCUUAUCACAAAUCCUACAACAGCAAUUUUAUUCCUUCCAGUGAGUCCAGCCAGUCAUCUUCGACCAAAGAGCAUGAAAGUGCCUCACAAGAAAAAAUGAUCAAAAGAAAGUCCCCCAGAAAUGUUAAGUUUGUGAAGAACAUCUGUGCAUCACCUCUUUCUAGCAAACAUAUUGUACUUUGGAAGGGACAAACAGUGUAUCAGUGCAGCCAGUGCAGUAAGAGUUUCAGUAGUUCAUUAGACUUUGGAAGACAUCAAAACGUGCAUGGAGUAGAGAAGCUUUACCAGUGCGCACAGUGUGGAAAAGAGUUUUCACAGCGUUCACAACUGAGGAGCCACCAGUGUGUGCAUGCUGGAAAGAAGCCUUACCAGUGCACAUAGUGUGGAAAAAAUGAUGAUUUUCACAAAGAUCCCAACUGUUGAGGUGCCAGAUGGUGCACGCCAGCGUAAAACUUUCAUCACAGUGAGAACACAUGUAGACAUUUCUUCUUUGUUCAUGUCUUAUAGUCCACCAAAGAAUUACCACUGUGAUCUCUGGAGAAAGCGGUUUACGCAAUCAACUCUCAGUGCAGCUCUGACUCAGUCAUAGCAUCUUGGUGUACAAACUCUUACACACCGUACAGAAGCCUGAGACCCACCUCACCUGCCAGCAAAGGAUUCACAACAACCAAGCCACCUUAAACUCGACCAGAAGAUACAAACUGGAAGAAAUGGUGUACUCACUCCUGCUCUGUGUGUCCUACAACCUCAAAACACAUCUGCGAUGCAUACAAGAAAGAAGCCUUAUUAGUGCUCUAUACAUGAUGGAGGAUUUAGGUCCGAAAAUGUAAAUAUAUUGAAUACAUACACCCUUGAGUUGAAUAUUAACUUUGCUUUUGCUGAGUUGUCAUGUUAAAGAUUUCCUGUUUUGACACCUUUCAAAGAGAGGUUGAAGAUGAAAAAGUUAGUGAUUCAUGUAACAAAGAAAUUAAAACUUUUUUUCUGUAAUACUACUUCUAAAAUAUAUCUAAACAAAUUAUCAUUAUUACAGUGUCUUACAAAAGUAUUCAUCUCCCUUUGUGUUUGUCCCAUUACAAGCGGGAAUUAAAAUGGAUUUUGGGGGGGUUAGCACCAUUUGAUUGACACAACGUGCUUACAACUUUAAAGGUGCAAAUUGUUUUAUUGUGACACAGACAAUAAUUAAAAUGAAAAAAAAACAAACAGAAAUCUGGAGUGUGCAUCAGUACCCUACCCCACCCCAAAAAAAAUCCCUUUUAAUUCCAGGUUGUAAUGCGACAAAACAGGACAAACACCAAGGGGGAUGAAUACUUUUGCAAGACACUGUAAGCACAAUCAGUACCACUUCAUUCAUUCAUUUUUGCUUGCCCUUUUGUUUUUUUUAAAACAGGCUUAUUUGAUAUAGCCUCAAUUAAACUAGCCAGACAGGUGACAACUUCAGGCUCUAUGCAUUCCACCAACAAACUCCACAGCUGUUCUUUACCAUUCAAGUCUACUAUAGAAUUCGGUGUAGAAAAAACUUGAAAUUGCUUGAAAUAUCAGUGUAAGUAUAGUUAUUAUAAGCUGCAGUAACUUGCAGCAGAAGUGAUUAUAAAUAGUUUGCUAUCUGAACAAACCCAAUUUGACAGACUCAAGCCAACCAGCAGAGUUUAAUUAACCUCAAGUCUUUAUGGCUUGCCCUCCUGUUCACUGUUUGGUAGUAUCUAGUUCUGACUGCCAUUUCACUGUCAACCACGUGUGAUAUUGAAUGAACAAAAACAUUCAUCAUUCUCACUAAUUCAGCUCUCAUUUCACUAGAAAUACAGCUAGCUAAUUAAUGUGAGCAAAAGGUUGCUAUAAGGGAUAAAGGGUUUAUAAACUUUUUUUCAUAUAACUUUAUAAUUUUGUAAAGUUAAGAGAAAUGGUUAUAAAGCAGUUCUGAAUUUGUGUACGAGAAAUUUGUUAUAGUGAAAUAAAGUGAAAAAUGUAGAAUACUGGGCAUAUUUUAUGUAUUUAGAGAUUGACUUUUGUAUUUUUACACACCUGAUUGCAGGUACUUUAGUAUUUUGGAUCUGUAUGUUAGUGGAUGUCAUUGGGUUUGUAAUGUCUAGUUCUUUGCUUUCUUAAGUUUGUUCCUGUUUACAGAACCUCACCUAAUAAAAACAAGUUGGGGUUUGUUUGGUUUUUUGAAAUUGA